AUGGCUUCUCUUCUGUUUUCAUGUUCAGAAUGUGGGAAAUCAAGUUUUGUUCAACAUCAUAGAACUCACACAGGGGAGAAACCAUUUUCAUGCUCAGCAUGUGGAAAAAGUUUUACUUACAGAUCAAGUCUCGUUGAACAUGAAAAAUCUCACACAGUGGAGAAGCCAUCUUUAUGUUCAGAAUGUGGGAAAUGUUAUACUUGGAAACCAAACUUAUUAGUCAUCAAAGAACUCACACAAGAGAGAAACCAUUUUCAUGCUCAGAAUGUGGAAAAUGUUUUACUUGGAAAUCAGCUCUUCUUCAGCAUCAAAGAAUUAACAUAG